CACGUGCAGUAGUCAUGGUUCAAGACGCACAGAGGUUUAUCAUAACUCCAGCAGUCGGGUGAGGAUGACUUGGAAGCCUCUGCAAGAUCCUGGAACAGAAACUACGUUAAAUAAUGUAUUCUGAGGUAUACUGGAUACCUGAGGAAGGGCUCUAAAUAAUGCAUUUUCUGGGCACGACAGUUGUAGCAGAAGAGAAUGCUGAAACCUGUAGCAAGACUACAGCCUGAGAUGAAAGAAUGUCUCAUUACCAUUUUAUCAAAUGCUGCUGUUUCCAGCUAUGUAAUGUUUUUCGGUCCCAUGAGAUGGAAAUUGAGCAGUGCUUGCUAGAGUCCCUCCCUCUCGGCCAGCGGCAGCGGCUGGUGAAGCGGAUGCGCUGUGACCAAAUAAAGGCAUAUUACGAACGAGAAAAAGCUUUCCAGAAACGGGAGGGCUACGUAAAAAAACUGAAACAUGGAAAGAAUCAUCGAGUUCGUUUUAAUCUUGCUGAUAUGAUACAGGAUGCAAUCAUACGUCAUGAUGAUAAAGAAGUGCUACGGCUAUUGAAGGAUGGCGCUGACCCUCAUACGCUUGUUUCCUCAGGAGGCUCCUUGCUCCAUGUGUGUGCCCGCUAUGAUAAUGCAUUUGCUGCAGAAAUUCUAAUUGACAGAGGAGUAAAUGUAAAUCAUCAAGAUGAGGAUUUUUGGACAUCAAUGCAUAUAGCCUGUGCCUGUGAUAAUCCUGAUAUUGUCCUGCUACUGCUGCUAGCUGGAGCAAAUGUGCUGCUGCAAGACGUUAAUGGAAACAUUGCACUUGAUUAUGCCAUAGAAGGGACUGAAUCUAGCAGCAUCCUUCUGAUGUACUUGGAAGAAAAUGGUGUAGAGCUGAAUUCACUGCGCCAAAUGAAGAUACAGAGACCUACGACAAUGCUUACAGAUGUCCGACAGCUCAUAUCAAGUGGAGGAAGCGUGAAUCAAAAGAAUGAUGAAGGAGUUACCCUGCUGCACGUGGCCUGCGCUAAUGGAUACAAGAAUGUUGCAUCUCUGAUACUGGAUCAUGGGGCUGAUCUCAAUGCAGUGGAUAAUCAGUACUGGACACCCCUACAUUUAGCUGCAAAGUAUGGACAGACCAGCCUUGUGAAGCUGCUUUUGAUGCACUGGGCAAAUCCCAAUCUUCUUAACUGCAAUAAUGAAAAACCUUCAGAUGUUGCAGCUUCUGAGUUUAUUGAGGAAAUGCUUCUGAAGGCUGAAAUUGUUUGGGAGGAAAAAAUGAAAGACCCUUUAGCUGUUUCUACUUUAUCUCAAGAAGAGCCAUAUGAAGAGAUCAUCCAUGAUCUGCCCACAAUUUCCAAUAAACUCAAUCCCCUGGCUUUACCAAUUGCCAAGCAAGACAGUUUGCUGGAGAAAGACACCAUGUUUAAAGAUGCAGCUAAAGGCUUAUGUAAGCAACAAUCUCAAGACAGUGCAUCUGAAAAUGUCACUGUGAGCACUGCAACCAAACUGGAACAGAUCAAGCUAAUGCCUCCAGCUCCAAAUGACGACCUGGCUUCUCUGAGUGAGCUAACAGACAGCAGCCUGCUUUAUGAGAUUCAGAAGCGUUUCAAUAAUAAUCAGAUAUAUACCUACAUCGGUGAUAUACUGUUGCUUGUUAACCCAUUUAAAGAACUUCCUCUUUAUUCUACAAUGGUCACCCAGCUUUAUUUAAGUAACUCUGGAAAAUUGUGUUCCUCACUUCCCCCACAUAUAUUUUCCUGUGCUGAAAGAGCUUACCACAUGCUAUUCCAGGAGCAGCGUCCCCAGUGCUUUAUCCUCAGGUGUAAUAAUUUUGAUAAAAAUAAGAAGUGUCCUAAGGUAAACUGUAUCUUGGAGGCCUUUGGACAUGCUAAGACACCCUUGAAUGAUUUUUCCAGCUGUUUUAUAAAAUAUUUUGAGCUACAGUUUUGUGAGAAGAAAAAAACAUUAAUAGCGGCUAGGAUUUAUACAUACAUGUUGGAGAAGUCUCGUGUCAUUAUGCAACCUCUCAAACAGAGUAAUUUUCAUGUUUUUUACUUGAUGAUGGAUGGGCUGUCUGCUGAAGAAAAAUACACCCUGUACCUCAGUAAUUUGUCUGCACACAGGUAUCUAAGCCAGACUGUACUGGAAGAGACGAUGUUAACAGCCAACCCUCAAAACAGGGAGAAAUUAGCCGUACUAAAACAAGCUCUAGGUGCUAUGGGAUUCAAUAGCCUGGAGGUGGAGAACCUGUUUGUAAUUCUCUCAGCAAUUCUGCAUCUUGGAGACAUUCGCUUUACGGCUCUGACAGACGCUGAGACAGCAUUUGUGUCAGACCUGCAGCUACUGGAACAAGUGGCAGGGAUGCUGCAGGUUUCACCAGAUGAGCUUGCUUCAGCCUUAACAACUGAUGUUCAGUAUUUUAAAGGAGACAUGAUUGUACGGAGGCACACUACAGAGAUUGCAGAAUUUUACCGGGAUCUCUUGGCAAAAUCUCUGUAUGGUCGUUUAUUUAGCUUUUUAGUCAACACAAUCAACUGCUACCUUCAAAAUCAAGAUGAGACUGGCAGUGACCAGGUAUUUGAAAUUGGAGUACUGGAUAUUUUUGGAUUUGAAGAAUUUCAAAAGAAUACUUUCGAACAGCUGUGUGUCAACAUGACCAAUGAGAAGAUACACCAGUACAUCAAUGAAGUGCUUUUCCUACAAGAGCAAGCAGAAUGUGUACAAGAGGGAGUUGCCAUGGAAACGGUGUAUUCUCCUGGUAACCAUACUGCAGCCUUGGAUUUUUUCUUUCAGAAACCGUCAGGCUUUUUGUCAAUGCUGGAUGAAGAAAGCCAAUCUAUUUGGUCAGUGGAACAGAGUCUUUCUAAACGCAUUCAGUCUUACCUGGAUACAUCAGACACAAAUACAGUAUAUUCCUCCACAAAAGAUGGAAAUGGUAACCUUGCCCCAAAGGAUCAGGGCUCCACCUUCACUGUUAUGCAUUAUGCUGGGAGGGUUACUUAUGAAAUUGCUGGUGCGAUAGAAAAAAAUAAAGAUUCCCUUUCACAAAAUCUCGUAUUUGUAAUGAAAACCAGUGAAAAUGUAGUCAUCAAUCAAUUGUUCCAGUCCAAGCUGACACAAACUGGAUCACUUGUUCCUCCAUAUCAUUCCCUUAAAAUCAAAGGGUGUAAAGCAGCUUUGCUGAGUAAAAAACCAUCAGUAGCCUGUGCAAGUGGAGAAGCAAAGAAAUAUAUUGAGCUCAGCAAGCUGUUGAAAAAGAAAGGAACAUCCUCAUUUCUUCAGAGACUGGAACGAGGGGGCCCAACCACUGUGGCAAUACAGCUCAGGAAAUCACUCACAGAUAUUAUUGGGAAGCUGCAGAACUGCACGCCACAUUCUGUUCGUUGUAUAAAGCCUAAUAACUCCAAGUUGCCAGAUACUUUUGACAAUUUUUAUGUGUCUGCUCAACUGCAGUACGUUGGUGUCCUAGACAUGGUCAAAAUCAUACGUCAUGGAUAUCCGAUACGUCUCUCUUUCACAGACUUCUUGUCAAGGUAUAAAGAUUUGGCUGAUACAGCAGCAGGAGAGAAGAAGAAGUUGUCUGCCAAGGAGAGAUGUCGUCUUGUUCUUCAGCAGUGUAAAUUACAAGGCUGGCAGAUAGGAGUCCGAAAAGUGUUUCUUAAGUACUGGCAAGCUGACCAUCUCAACGAUUUGUGCCUUCAGCUUCAGAAGAAAAUUAUUACCUGCCAAAAAGUUGUAAGAGGAUUUCUAGCUCGCCAGCGCUUGCUACAGAAGAUGAGCAUCAAACAGCAAGAGGUCACCUCAAUCAAAAGCUUCUUGCAGAACGCUGAGGAUAUGGGAUUGAAAACAUACGAUGCCUUGGUCAUUCAAAAUGCUUCUGACAUUGCUCGGGAAAAUGACCGGCUCCGCAAUGAGAUGAACGCUGCUUACCACAGGGAAAAGUUAGAGGCUAGAAACAGACCAGAAGAAGGCCACAAAAGAGCUGAAGACAAGGGCGGGAAGGUCUCUGAGGACAGCUUUGCCGGCUGUCGAACGCCUAAGCACUUUCAUUCCAGCUCCGUCCCUGUCCCCAUGGCGGGGGGCGGGUUGGUACAUUCUGCGGCUGGGUCAUCCAUCAGAUCCCCCUCCCUGCACUCUGUGUUCAGCAUGGAUGAUAGCAAUAGCCUGCCAUCACCAAGGAAACAGCCUCCUCCCAAACCAAAGAGGGACCCCAACACACGACUGAGCGCUUCGUACGAGGCUGUUAGUGCUUGCUUGUCGGCAGCUUCUAAGGAAACCGCUAAUGAAGUACUGACCCGUCCAAGGCCACACAGUGAUGACUAUAGUACCAUGAAAAAAAUACCUCCCAGAAAACCAAAACGAAGUCCCAAUACAAAACUUAGUGGCUCUUAUGAAGAAAUACCUGGCCAAAAGCCUGCGGAUGUAAAACAGGCAAGCACAGUAGCUAAACCAGGUGGCUAUGACACUGUGACAGUACAGAGAGCAGCUUCUGCUGAUGGGCCACAACAUGGUGUGUUGAGUCUCUAUAUGUCACAAGAAGAGGAGGAAAAUGAGCCUGUCUAUAUUGAAAUGGUAGGGAAUGCAAUGAAAAGCAGUUCUGCUGAAGCAGAAAGCCCAGAACAAGGAGAGUCUGUAUAUGAAGAAAUGAAGUAUUUUCUACCGGAAGAAGGAAGCAAUGGUAGUGGAGUAAUUCCAGUAGUGACUGGAUCUCCUCCUCUGUUGUUUGAAAGCAAAAAAAAUGUUAACGUUGAAGAUAGAACAUUGGAUGGAAACAGUCAAGCAGCUUUGAUCUAUAAAGACUCAUGUGACAUUCCAGCCCCUUUCCCUAACUUGCUCCCCCACAGGCCACCACUUCUUGUAUUUCCGCCAACCCCUGUCACAUGUUCACCUGCUUCUGAUGAAUCACCUCUAACACCACUAGAAGUCAAAAAGCUUCCUGUCUUGGAAACCAACCUAAAAUACCCUGUGCAGUCAGAAGGCUCAAGUCCAUUAUCACCACAAUACUCCAAAAGCCAGAAAGGGGAGAAUGAAAGACCAGCAUCUCCAGGCUUGGUUGUGUUCAAUGUUUCCAGCAAAGUGACUCCUCCUUCCACACCACCUCCUUCUCUCCCACCACCCCCUCCUCCUGUACCACCUCCUAUUUCCUACCGGGCAUCCACACAUUUUGCAUUUCCUCCAGAGACUUGUGCUAGCUUUCUGAUUAACACAGGGAAAACAGGUACAAACUCAGACCUGUCAAAAGUACCUCAGAGACCAAAUCCUGCUCAGCUUGGAUGCUCAUCUUCUCCAUUCUCCAAACUGCCUUACUCCCCAAAGUUGGCAAGAGCAGAUCACAGGAAAUUGAACUCAAAUUCGUCAUCUUCAUUUCCAUACAGCCCUACAAACUCAAGGUCAUUGACCAGUCCCCUUGAUGAGUUAACUAGCUUGUUCAACUCAGGACGGAGUGUGCUACGAAAAUCUGCAGCAGGACGUAAGAUCAGGGAGCCAGAAGGUGCUGAAACUAAUCUGAACUUGAGGAGCAGGGAAGAGCCAAAUACAUCAGAUACCGGAUCAGAAACCCAGGAUAAAAAUGCAAAUAACCAUGGAACUCAGUCAUCUAAUCCACUGUCCAGUUCUGUGACUGCUGAAAAUGGAAAUUCAGUAUCAAAUGGUUUACCAGAGGAAAAUGAAUAUUCAAGACUGUCGGCCAGCACUACGGCAGGCUCAUCGAUUCAAAGACAUAGGGAGAGCCACACAAGUCAGGUUAUUCAUCAGCUUAGACUUUCAGAGAAUGAGAGUGUGGCUCUGCAAGAGCUCCUAGAUUGGAGGAGAAAGCUGUGUGAAGAGAGAGAAGACUGGCCGCAAAUCUUGCACAACACUGAGCAAAGAAUCACAGCCCCACCUCCACCGCCUUGUAAAAAGCCAACGCUGCUGAAGAAGGUAGAAGAUACCUCCUGCAACAGACUCUCUUCGGGCAUAUGGGAUAGCACCAUGUGA